AUGGGGAGGUUUCCAACCCUUAGAGAAAAAGUAGAUGGAUACAAUGGUCAAAUAAUGUCUAAACCAUUAAAGAGAUUAGAUAGAGAGAUUGAGAAGAGUGGUAGUUGGACAGCAACAUAUGCUGGUAGGUAUUCAUUUCAAGUUACCCAUGUACUCUUUACUGACAGCUUUGUAGUUGACCUUGAGAAACAUACAUGUAGUUGUAACUUUUGGGAAAUAGUUGGGAUACCAUGUAGACAUGCAGUGGCAGCCAUAUAUUGGAAGGUGGAUGACCCAGUGAGUUAUGUAAACAAGUGCUAUCACAAGAGUACCUAUGAGGCAUGCUAUAAUGAAGUCAUCACCCCUUUGAAUGGCCAGAACAAAUGGCCCAAAACAACUCAACCUGAUAUGUUUCCACCACUGUACAAACGUGGUGCAGGGAGGCCCAAAAAACUACGUAGGAGAGAAGCUGAUGAGGUUAAUCAGAAUAAAUGGCAGAGAACUAAUACUAGUCAUAGAUGCAAAGUUUGUUUUGAACUAGGUCACAACAAAAGGACUUGCAAGAAAAACAAGAAAAUUGUUGCCAUAGGUGUCCCAACAAAUGUACCAAUUGAAGAGGGUCCAACAAGUGGUGUCCAAGCAAAUGUGCAAAAUGAAGAAGUUCCAACUAAUAAUGUGACAACUACUGAGGAUGUGCCUACACAGGCCAGUCAAACUGCCCAAGCAAAUGUGGCAGCAAAAAAAGAGCAUAAGGCUAAGGGCAAAGCUUCAAAAAAUGCCAAGUCUAGAACAAGUGGUAUAACACAACCAUCAAACUCUUCACCUGUUGAUAAGUAUUAUGAAUGGGAUGCUGAAACACUAGAAGCCUUGCUGGAUUGGGAUGAUAUUUUGGACAUUAGGCCUUUGAGUGUGGAUUCUUCACCCAUCAAGAAAAAGGAUGCUCAGCCAACAAAGGAUAAAGAACCAGUUGCUGCUGCCAAGGAUUCUGGACCAUCUACUGCAACUACUACUACAAAGGCCAGGGAUGGACCCAAAAUUUUCUUUGGCCCAGCUCCAAAAAAGCCAAAGAACAAACCACUCAAACAACAUGUAGGUGCAUCAUCUGUUGGACAGGUUCCUCCUAAACCACCUACAACAUCUUCAGCACAAGUGCAACCCAAAGCAAAAAAAAGUAAAAGUGAUAUGGAUGUGGCAAAAAGGCAAAGUGAUAGACUCAGAAGCCUAAAGACAAAGGCUAUUCCAGGGCCAGGGAAAAAACCAGAUGAUCCAUUGGUGAUCGUUGAGGAGGAUGAAGCAACAGAGGAUUCAACAAGUGGUGUCCCCAAGAUGAAGAAAUGGGAUGACAUCUACAAAGGCUUAACUCAGUGA